AACAAGCAAAACCCCCAAACGCCGCCGAAACCCCGUACCUUUAGGUUUAGCUCUUACCAAUCUGAAGAGAGAGAGAGAGAGAGAGAAAGAGAAAUGAGCAGCUCGGGGAGGAAGAAGGUGCAGAGGAAGUGCAAGAUCAGAGGGUACACGCUUGACCCGGACGCCGUCGACGAGAUCCUCUCCUUCGCGUCCAAUUUCGACGACUCUGCUCCCGACGACGAUGCCAUCGAUCUCCUCCUCGACUUCCUCGAGACCCAACCCCGAAAAGACAAGGAGACGGUGCACCGCCUCGUUACCAAACUGUCGCGUGCUGAUGCGGCCGUCUACGACGGCGAUGAUGACGGUGGUGGUGGUACCUCGGAACCUGAUUGGCACAUAAUUGAUGCCUUCAAGGUCCCAAAGUUCCGAUACGAUCCCAUCAAGAAAAGUUUCUACAGGCAUACUGGGAGAUUAUCUAUUCAUGGCGAAGCAUCGGCUAAAUCGGCUCUGUACAGGGAUAGGUUUCUCUUGCUCUCCCAGAUUAUCUCUCGCCAAAAGGAGUUUUCCAGACCGGCAUUUGGUUCUAAAUCGUCGGAUGCAGGUCGCCGCGAGAUAUCUCCAAUUCAGUCCCUGAUUGGGCAAACCGGAAGGAGAUGGGUGAUGGGUCUGAUAUCUCAGUUGGAGGAUGGCCAUUUUUACUUGGAAGACCUUUCUUCGUCUGUGGAAAUCGACUUAUCGAAUGCACAGAUAACCGCAGGGUUUUUCGUGGAGAACACAAUAGUUGUUGCAGAAGGUGAGAUGCUUUUAGAGGGUGUCUUUCAGGUGAUUACUUGUGGAUUUCCUCCGCUUGAGCCCAGAGACGAGUCCCUCCAAUUUAUUGCAGGGAAUGACUUUUUUGGUAGUAGUUCUCUAACAGAAGAGGAGACUCUUAGACUUGCAAAGUUGGAUAGGACAGUAGCUAAUGACAAUGUCGUCAUACUAUCUGACAUUUGGCUCGACGAUGAAGAGGCUAUGGGAAAGCUAGAGACAGUAUUCAGUGCCUUUGAGGAUGAAGAAUUUGUACCAUGCUUAUUUGUACUCAUGGGGAAUUUUUGCUCUCGCCCGUGUAAUCUUGCUUUUCAUUCUUUCUCCAGUCUCAGGUUGCAGUUUGGCAAGCUAGGGAAGAUGAUUGCAGCCCAUCCACGGCUAGUAGAGGGUAGUUGUUUUCUAUUUAUCCCAGGUCCUGAUGAUGCAGGCCCUUCGACAGCUCUGCCCAGGAAUGCUUUACCAAAAUAUUUAACGGAAGAGCUUCAAACUCACAUUCCAAAUGCCAUAUUUUCCAGUAAUCCUUGCAGAUUAAAGUUGGGUACCAAGGAGGUUGUAUUUUUCCGUCAAGAUCUGCUCUACAGAAUGCGUCGUUCCUGUCUGGUUCCCCCUUGUACAGUAGAAACUGAUGAUCACUUCGAGCAUCUUGUUGCCACCAUAACCCAUCAAUGUCAUCUCUGCCCACUCCCUCUUAUUGUACAACCCAUCAUUUGGAAUUACGAUCACUCGCUUUACCUCUAUCCAACUCCCGACACGAUAGUUUUAGGUGACAGAAGUGACCAGAAGGCUUUCAAAUACACAGGAAUCACUUGUUUUAAUCCUGGUUCCUUCUCAAGUGAUAGUACCUUUGUGGUAUUCCGUCCCUGCACCCAGGAAGUCGAAUUGUCGUCCUUGUAGUCACAAUUCAUCUGUUGAAUGGCGAAAUUAGCAUUUGGAAUUAAUAACACAAUGUCAUGUGUUUUUAAAUUUCUCACUUAGCAUCGCUUGAUUUGUAAC